UCGCUCAAACUACUUCCUUCACCGAAAUUAUCACCAAGAUUGACACGAAAAUGGAUACUGAAAUGGAAAUGCUUUCUAACCAACAGGAACUGAUGUCUAAGAUUUAUCAAUGUAUGACGGAAGAAAAACGAACCGUUGCGUUCUCAACGAUUAAUACUGAAAACUUUAACAAAUUUCUUGAAAAGAUUGACUUUUCCUUAAAUCCUGUUGUCAUUUACGACGUUACUAAUAAUGAUGUAACUACUACAAAUUCGCCGUUUCCAUUCAAGAUUCGUGGCGGAACCGAUUUCAUUUUAGUGGAGCAGAAGUUUAUUGAUAACCGAGUUCAUAAAGCUGGAAUUCGUGCUACCAUUGAGUUAAAGAAAAAGGUGGAGGAUCAUCAUAUAUUUCAAGCUAUUUCAGAAAUAGUCGCAGCCGACUUUAUG